AUGUUAAUGUUUUGUAGUGGUUUGAAUUUUGAUCGUUUUGUUGAUCAGUUCGAUGAGCCUACACUGAAUCGAGUCCGUCAACAGUACUGGACAGCAAAGCAGUUAAUCAGGAAGACACUCGGCAAAAAGGAAGAUGAGUAUCUACUAGCGUCAGACGCUGAAUUUGACGCUAAAUUAACGCAUUUCCGUUGCAUUCAACAGACUUCUGAACGAAUGCUUUGUUGUAUUGAUGAUUAUCAGCAUUAUCUUGGCGAAUUGGGAGAGCGGGAAUUUGAACUCAGUAAGGUGUUAAAAAUGGAAGGUGAGGCAGAGGUGACAAUUGUUGGACGCGCAAUGAUUGCUGUGAGUAGAGCGCUAACUGUAUCAGCCCAUCACAGAUUACAGAUUCGAAGUCCUCUCUUAAAAUUCUUUAGAGAACUUCAUGUUUUCUCAGAAAGAGCAGUUUCUGACUGCGCUGAUACGGUAAAUGCUGCAGAAAAAUCUCGAACAGAAUAUCGAGGCUCGUUGCUGUGGAUGAAAAGGACGAGUAAAGAGCUGGAUCCUGACGCAGAAAAUGCUCUAGAAAAGUUUAGAACUGCACAAGCAGUUGUUAGACGAAAUAAAAAACGAUUAGAUGGCUUAAAAUUAGAUACUCUUCAAAAAGUGAACUUACUAGCAGCGAGCCGGUGUCAUUUAUUUUCACAAAUGUUGGAAUCGUAUCAGAAAUUAAUACACAACUAUUUCGAGCAAACAGCCUUGACAUUCAAAAAAAUUUACUAUUCCCUUUCCGAUCACAAGCAGAAUAAUGAAUUUCAAAUAUUAACGGACCUGAAUGAACCUUUAAUUGUCACCGAUGAUAAUGAUGAAAAGGAGAUCAAGAACUCAAAGUCUGAAAGCCUUAUUGAAUUGGAUGAACGUGAACAAGAAUUGGAACAAGUGAUACACGAUUUGGAAAGUUUCAAUGCUCUUGGAUUAUUAGAUAGUCGUUUGGACAGUCCAUUGGGAUUACCGGAAGAAGCUCAAAAUGCAAAUGACUAUGAUAAAAGUGAAACAACGGCAGAAAUAUUGCUUCCUAUUGAAGCAUCUGUACCGAGGAAAUUACCAGUUGCUAAUGUACCUGCCAUAGCUCCACCACCGGGAUGGAAACCUAACUCAUCCCAGCAUUUGCCUAAUGUUGUGAAAUUACUUUCUUUGAACGACGAAACUUCUGAAAAUAACUGUUCGUCUGAUUUGUCAAGACUGAUGUCAAGUUCAAGUUCAUCUUGUGAUGCUGCAACUUCCAAAGCAACUAUAACAUCACAAACAUUAACAAUGCCAUCGCAGUUGUUAGAUUUUCCUUUCGACAAAAACGGCUUUCCUAAUCCGUUUUCUGAAUCGAACAAUUCAAAUUUUGAUGUAAGUCUUAACAUUGCAAAGCUAAGACUAAGCUCAUUUCUUAUGUAA